GCCCCACGCGCCCACCGCGGUCGUUUGGCGGCGUCCUGAGGCCGAGGCUGUGCGGCAUCAGAAACACCUGAAGGAACACUGAACUGGGGAGGGAGCUUGGCUGAAAGGAUUCUAGCCAGCGAGACUGCAAAAGAAUGUGACAAGAAAGACAUUGUACUUUGAAUUCACUUAGCCUGUUAACACAAUGCAAAGAACUUCACGACUGAAGAGAGAGCUGCAUCUGUUGACCACAGAGCCUCCCCCAGGCAUUAUGUUCUGGCAAAACAAAAACCGGAUGGAUGAUCUACGAGCCCAAAUUUUGGGUGGUACAAACACGCCAUAUGAUAAAGGAGUUUUCAACUUGGAAGUAGUUGUUCCUGAAAGAUAUCCAUUUGAACCCCCGAAGAUUCGCUUUCUGACACCCAUCUACCAUCCCAACAUUGACUCUGCUGGAAGGAUUUGCCUGGAUGUUCUCAGAUUACCACCCAAAGGUGCAUGGAGGCCGUCCCUGAAUAUCUCCACAUUGCUGACCUCCAUACAGCUUCUGAUGAGCGAGCCUAACCCUGAUGACCCCCUCAUGGCAGACAUAUCCUCGGAGUAUAAAUACAACAAGGAAGUGUUCAUCAAAAAUGCCAAACAAUGGACUGAGAAGCAUGCAAGCCAGCAAAAGAGGGCUUCCAAAACUCCAGAUGAGGAAGUGACCCAAAGCGAGGCUAGCACUCCCAAAGAAUCUGCCAUCUCCCAGAAAAGAAAAGCAAAUGAUAUCAGCAGGAAGGGGAAAAAACCCUGCCUCGAUUCAUAGAGGUUCUCUGUGUAAAUAAACAUUUUUCUGAAUGUGUAACAC